ACUGCCAGGAGCUGUCCACAGCAGCGGUGGUGCUGAAGCUGAACAAGAUGGCUGUGCGUCGGGGAGCGGAGAGCUGAGAGUAGAGGGAGGGGGUCGACAAGAGGGCUCGAAUUCAGACGGACAGGCCACCGUAAAGACGAGAGAGGAUCGGCGCUCACCCUCCGAGUGGGAAGAUUUGCUGUUUCCGUGAAAGCGCAGCGAGCUCCUGCCAGGCCCCGUCCCCGCCGGGCGACGGCAGAAUCUCCAUCUCCAGCCCCGACAGUUCAUUCCCAGGGUGUAUUACCCGUUAUCCGUCGCACAGAUUGGCUCAAUUACGGACGCUGGUGAAGAAACUGGACCCUGGACGACAGAAAGAAAAGGCGCAUAUAAGAAAUGUCAUUGCUGUGUGUUGGAGUGAAGAAAGGCAAGCUCGAUGGACCCCAAGAGAAAUUUAACACAUACGUGACCCUGAAGGUGCAGAAUGUUAAGAGCACAACCAUCGCUGUGCGAGGCAGUCAGCCAUGCUGGGAGCAGGACUUCAUGUUCGAGAUAAACCGGCUGGAUCUGGGCCUGACGGUGGAGGUGUGGAACAAAGGGCUGAUCUGGGACACCAUGGUGGGGACCUUAUGGAUCCCCCUGCGCAACAUACGGCAGUCCAACGAGGAGGGUCCAGGCCAGUGGCUGACCCUGGACUCCAACGCGAUCAUGGCUGAGAACGAGAUCUGUGGAACCAAAGACCCGACCUUUCACCGGCUGCUGCUCGACACCCGCUUUGAAUUGCCACUAGACAUUCCAGAGGAGGAGGCCAGAUACUGGGCCAAGAAACUUGAACAACUAAACGCCAUGAGAGAUCAAGAUUAUGCCUAUCAAGAAGAACAGGAGCGGCCACUUCAUGCUCCAUCCACGCAGUGCUGUAAUUGGAGUCUGUGGGGAGAUCAGCAAAACGAGGACCCGGACAGCGCCGUGGACGACAGGGACAGCGACUACCGCAGCGAGACCAGUAACAGUAUCCCGCCUCCCUUCUACACCACCUCCCAGCCCAAUGCUUCAAUGCACCAAUAUCCCAUGAGGCAACAGCAAUACAGACACUCCUACACCGACGACAUACAUGAGCUGGACUACGACCACAGAGCCAUGAGACGCUAUGAUAGUUUAGACUCGGCCACCAACGGGCGCAGCGAUAUCGACUCAGGCUCAGGGUCGAGCCGGCGCACCAGUCGUCAGUAUUCUCUAGACAGUAGGCAUUCACUGUCCGAUAGUCCAACAGACAGUCGUUACGCCUCAUCAGGCGAGUUGAGCCGAGGCAGCUCUCAGCUCAGCGAGGAGUUCGUUCCCGAGGACGGCGAGAGCUUGCGAGGUUCUGAGUUCUACGAUGAGAACGACUCCUACCACUCCUGCCACUCCUCCGUCAGCUACGGCAAAGAGGAUUCCCCGGGCUGGGACGGCGAGGACCCCCAGGGCGUCUACAGCGACGAGGGCGGCUACCUCAAAGAUGGAGGGGAGGAGGGGGCGCUGUACGCCGAUGAGGAGGGCGACAUGUACAGGGAGGAAGGGGACUACAACUAUGAAGAUGAGGAGGAGAUGCCUUAUGAAGAAGAUGAGGAUAUGUAUCAGCUUGAUGGCACACUCAGCGAGGACCAGGAGCCGCCCUACACCCCCACACCCACAAGCACUGCCCCCACCGUGAUGCCUCCCGCCGAUGGCCUGUCGUCCACCAGGCCACCACUUGAGAAACAGCCGUCGUUGCAUCAGCAGCGACCAGCCCAAGAUCAGCUGCAGCCCCCCAGCACAGCUCCUGGUCUACCUCCAGUCACACAGGGCGACAAGCUGCCCCCUUUCAGUGCAGAAUCCACCAAACCUCCAUUUGCACCCAGCCAGCCAGCUCUGUCUACUACCAGUAUGUCCACUGCCACGCCUGCAUCGCAGCUCCCGGCUAAAGAUAUCGAGCCCAUUGAGCCCGAGCCCAAGUCUGAGCUGCUGCUGCUGGAGGAACCGGCACCCCCCGAGCAGCCUCCCGCCGCAGAGAGUGUCCCCCCAGCUCCAGAGGAGAAACCAGAGGAGCCACCUGUUCCAAGCUUCCCGAAGAGGGAAAUCAUGGAGCCUGGUCCCGCCAGAGCCAAAGCUAACUGGCUUCGACUCUUCAGCAGAGUACGACUACAACUGCAAGAGGCCCGAGGAGAGAGUGUUGGCAUCGCCUCUCUGCUUUUAUCAGCAGGGAUGGGCGGCGCUCUGUACAGCAUCGACAGCAUGCCAGACCUCAGGAAGAGGAAAGCUAUGCCUCUGGUCAGAGAUCUGGCUAUGUCCUUGGUUCAGAACUCCAGGAAGGCAGGCAUCACGUCGGCCCUGACAUCCAGCACCCUGCAUAACGAAGAGCUGAAGAGUCACGUCUACAAAAAGACCCUCCAGGCCCUCAUAUAUCCCAUCUCCUGCACCACCCCACACAACUUUGAGGUGUGGACGGCCACCACGCCCACUUACUGCUACGAGUGCGAGGGACUGCUGUGGGGCAUCGCUCGCCAGGGCAUGCGCUGCACCGAGUGUGGGGUCAAAUGCCACGAGAAGUGCCAAGAUCUGCUCAAUGCUGAUUGUCUACAACGAGCAGCAGAGAAGAGCUCCAAACACGGCGCAGAGGACCGAACCCAGAACAUCAUCAUGGUCCUUAAGGACCGCAUGAAGAUCCGCGAGAGGAACAAACCCGAGAUCUUCGAACUCAUCCAGGAAGUGUUCGCCAUCGUCAAGGCCACCCACGUCACCUACAUGAAGCAGAUCAAGCAGAGUGUGCUCGACGGCACCUCUAAGUGGUCGGCCAAGAUCAGCAUCACAGUGUUGUGUGCCCAGGGUCUACAAGCCAAGGACAAAACCGGUUCCAGUGAUCCUUAUGUCACCGUCCAGGUUGGAAAGACCAAAAAGAGGACCAAGACCAUCUAUGGCAACCUCAACCCCGUCUGGGAAGAGACGUUUAACUUCGAAUGUCACAACUCCUCAGACCGCAUCAAGGUGCGAGUGUGGGACGAGGACGACGACAUCAAGUCUCGCGUGAAGCAGAAGUUCAAGCGGGAGUCCGACGACUUCCUCGGUCAGACUAUCAUUGAGGUCCGCACUCUGAGCGGAGAGAUGGACGUCUGGUAUAAUCUGGACAAGCGUACAGACAAAUCAGCUGUGUCUGGCGCCAUUCGCAUGCACAUCAAUGUAGAGAUUAAAGGAGAGGAGACGGUCGCCCCCUAUCACGUUCAGUACACAUGUUUGCAUGAGAACCUCUUCCACUACGUGACAGAUAUCCAGAACAACGGUGUGGUGAAGAUCCCUGAUGCCAAAGGGGAUGAUGCAUGGAAGGUCUAUUUUGAGGAGACUCCCCAGGAGAUCGUUGAUGAGUUCGCCAUGCGUUACGGAGUGGAGUCCAUCUAUCAGGCCAUGACUCACUUUGCCUGCCUGUCAUCUAAGUACAUGUGCCCAGGGGUGCCUGCAGUGAUGAGCACCCUACUGGCUAACAUCAAUGCCUACUACGCUCACACCACCCAGGCGACCAACAACGUCUCUGCCUCUGACCGCUUUGCUGCUUCAAACUUCGGGAAAGAGCGCUUUGUCAAGCUUCUCGACCAGCUUCACAACUCCCUAAGGAUUGACCUGUCCAUGUACAGAAACAACUUCCCUGCCAGCAGCCCCGAGAGGCUGCAGGACCUCAAGUCCACAGUGGACCUCCUCACCAGUAUCACCUUUUUCAGAAUGAAGGUCCAAGAGCUUCAAUCUCCACCCAGAGCCAGUCAGGUGGUGAAGGACUGUGUCAAAGCCUGUCUCAACUCCACCUAUGAGUACAUCUUUAAUAACUGCCACGAGCUAUACAGCCGCGAGUAUCAGACAGACCCGGCCAAGCAGGGUGCCGUGCCUCCGGAGGAGCAGGGACCCAGCAUCAAGAAUCUGGAUUUCUGGUCCAAACUCAUCACACUUAUCGUCUCCAUUAUCGAGGAGGACAAGAACUCCUACACUCCCUGCCUAAACCAAUUUCCUCAGGAGCUCAACGUAGGUAAAAUCAGUGCCGAGGUGAUGUGGAACCUGUUCGCUCAGGAUAUGAAGUAUGCAAUGGAGGAACAUGAGAAAAAUCGCUUGUGCAAGAGCGCCGAUUACAUGAACCUGCACUUCAAGGUGAAGUGGCUGUACAACGAGUACUGCAAAGACCUGCCCUUCUUCAAGAGCCGAGUGCCAGAAUAUCCUGCGUGGUUUGAGCCAUUUGUCAUUCAGUGGCUGGAUGAGAACGAGGAGGUGUCUCGGGACUUUCUGCACGGCGCCUUGGAGAGAGACAAAAAAGAUGGGUUCCAAGUCACUUCAGAACACGCUCUGUUCUCCUGUUCGGUGGUGGACGUGUUCUCCCAGCUCAACCAGAGCUUUGAGAUCAUCAGGAAGCUAGAGUGUCCAGACCCGCAGAUCGUGGGACACUACAUGAAGCGGUUUGCUAAGACCAUCAGCAACGUGCUGCUGUCCUACGCUGAUAUCAUCUCCAAGUGUUUUGCCAACUAUGUGUCCAUGGAGAAAGUGCCCUGCAUCCUGAUCAACAACAUCCAGCAGCUGAGAGUUCAGCUGGAGAAGAUGUUUGAGGCCAUGGGUGGAAAAGAUCUGUGUGUGGAGGCCAGCGACAUCCUCAAAGACCUGCAGGUCAAGCUCAACAACGUCAUGGAUGAUCUCAGCAGAGUCUUCUCCGUCAGUUUCCAGCCUCACAUAGAGGAGAACGUGAAGCAGAUGGGAGACAUCUUGGCUCAGGUGAAGGGAACCUCAAAUGUGGGGAACGCCAGCAGCGUGGCCCAGGAUGCUGACAACGUCCUGCAGCCCAUCAUGGAGUUCCUGGACAGCAACCUGACGCUGUUUGCUAAGAUCUGUGAGAAGACUGUGCUGAAGCGCGUGUUGAAGGAGCUGUGGAAGCUGGUGAUGAACACCAUGGAGAAGACCAUCGUUCUGCCGCCGCUCACGGACCAAACGAUGAUUGGGAGGCUGAAGAGUGCUUCUCACAGUGAUGGAACUCAGCUCAUCUUCAAUGCAGCCAAGGAGCUGGGACAGCUGUCCAAGCUGAAGGAGCACAUGGUUCGCGAGGAGGCCAAAGCACUCACACCGAAGCAGUGCGCUGUGAUAGAGCUCGCCCUGGACACCAUCAAGCAAUACUUCCAUGCUGGCGGUGUGGGUCUGAAGAAGACGUUCCUGGAGAAGAGCCCCGACCUUCUGUCCCUCCACUACGCCCUGUCGCUCUACACGCAGGCCACGGACAAACUCGUUAAGACCUUUGUCCAGUCACAGAACUCACAAGGCUCUGGGGUGGACGACGCCGUGGGAGAGGUGUCCAUCCAUGUGGAGAUUUUCACUCACCCCAACACGGGAGAGCACAAGGUCACAGUGAAAGUGGUGGCUGCCAACGACCUGAGGUGGCAGACACAGGGAAUAUUCCGGCCGUUCGUGGAGGUCUACAUCAUCGGCCCUCACCUCAGCGACAAGAAGAGGAAGUACGCCACCAAGUCGAAGAAUAACAGCUGGGCCCCUAAAUACAAUGAAACCUUCACUUUCACUCUGAGUAACGAGGUGGGCCCUGAGUGCUACGAGCUGCAAGUGUGUGUGAAGGACUACUGCUUUGCGCGAGAGGACCGCACCGUUGGCAUGGCCGUCCUGCAGCUCAAGGACGUGGCCUCCAAAGGCAGCGUCGCCUGCUGGCUGCCGCUGGGUAAACGCAUCCACAUGGACGAGACAGGCCUCACCGUGCUGCGCAUCCUCUCCCAACGCAACAACGACGACGUGGCCAAGGAGUUCGUCAAGCUCAAGUCCGACCAGCGCUCUGCUGAGGAGGGCCGUAGCUAAGAGACCAAAUUUAUUUUUAAAAAAA